AUGCCUUCGUUGACAUCCAAACUGAUCGGCAAAGUCACUCAUGAAAAGGACAAGUCGCCUCCGCCUUCGACCACACAUGUCUCUGGAAAUAUUGACGAUGUUGACGAGGUGGACGGCGACGGCCAGAACAUACUAAUGGGAAUCAUCUCCCAAUUGAGACCCGGAUGCGACCUUUCUAGAAUCACGCUUCCCACCUUCAUUUUGGAAAGAAAGUCCAUGUUGGAGAGGAUAACGAACCAAUUGCAACAACCUGAUAUCAUACUUGAGGCUAACGCCGUUGAAGACCCGAUUGAGAGGUUUGUUUUGAUCGUUAAGUGGUACAUGUCCUGUUGGCACAUUGCCCCCAAAGCCGUGAAGAAGCCUCUGAAUCCCAUCUUGGGUGAGCAUUUCACUACCUACUGGGACCUGCCAAAUGGUGAGAAGGCAUUUUACAUUGCUGAGCAGACGUCUCACCACCCUCCCAAGUCGAGCUAUUUCUACAUCAUUCCGGAGGAAGGGAUCAGGGUGGAUGGAAUGGUGAUCCCCAAAUCUAGAUUCUUGGGAAACUCUACGGCGGCCUUGAUGGAUGGUACCACGAGGUUGACCCUGGCCAAACAUGGUGAGACUUACACGUUGUCACAGCCAAACAUCUAUGCUCGUGGUAUCCUGUUCGGAAAGAUGAAAUUCGAGCUCGGAGACCACAUGAUCAUCAAGUCUGAAAAGGGUGACUUGGAAGCGGACAUUGAGUUUAAGACAAAGGGAUUCAUUUCUGGAACUUACAAUGCCAUAGAAGGCAAGAUUAAGAACGCGCAGACUGGCGAGUUGCUUUACGAAAUAACUGGAAAGUGGAACGAGGUGAUGGAGAUCAGAGACUUGAAGACCAAGACCAAGAAGGUGUUUUUCGACUGUGGAAAGGCGUCGCCUUUGAAGCCAAAGGUCCGUCCUCUUGAGGAACAGGGUGAAUAUGAAAGUCAAAGGCUAUGGAACAAGGUCACCGAUGCUUUGGCAAUCCCUGAUCACACCAUAGCCACAGAUGAAAAGUUCAAAAUAGAGGACGACCAGAGAAUGCGGGCUAAAAAGCGUGAAGAGGACGGUGUUGAGUUUUACCCCAAGCUGUUCAAACAUCUGUCUGUUGAGGAACAGUUGGCCAACCAGGGCCUUGAAUUCGUCAUCUACAAUGACCAUUUACUCAAGCAUGACAAAGAUGACCCUUCAAAGGUUACUGAAGAUGUUUUGAAGGUGGCACCAAUCCUGCCGGGUCAGAAGUUUGAACCUGAGUUUGAGAUACCUGCCUACGAAAAACUCAAGUCUUUGAAAUAG